AUGUCUUCCAUCUUGCGGCCAUUCACCGUCACCGAGGGGCCCUGCGAGCUCUCGCGGACUGGGGGACAUGGAGGCAGGCGGGCGGUGGGCAGAUCUCUGGCUGCUGCGGCUCCAGGAGGAGGGAAGGGGAAGAUCACACAUCCUGGGAAGGCGAUCCUGGCUGGUGGAAUUGCAGGGGGUAUUGAAAUCUGCAUCACAUUCCCUACAGAGUACGUCAAGACUCAGCUUCAGUUAGAUGAGAAAGCCAAUCCACCCCGGUAUAGUAGAGGAAUCGGGCACUGUGUCAAGCUUACUGUACAGGAUCAUGGAAUCCGAGGCUUAUAUCGAGGGCUUAGCUCACUGCUGUAUGGAUCCAUUCCCAAGUCUGCAGUAAGGUUCGGUACAUUUGAGUUCCUGAGUAGUUUUGCAAGAAGUGCUUCAGGAAAAUUGGAUGGAAAAUCCAGCUUCAUGUGUGGGUUAGGGCAGGUGUUGCAGAGGCUAUCCUGAUCGUCUGUCCAAUGGAAACUAUCAAGGUAAAAUUCAUCCAUGACCAAGCCUCAAAUGCGCCUAGGUAUCGUGGGUUCUACCAUGGAGUACGGGAGAUCAUUCGAGAGCAAGGAUUACGUGGUACCUAUCAAGGGCUGACCCCAACCAUUCUAAAGCAAGGAUCCAACCAGGCAAUCAGGUUCUUUGUUAUGACCUCGCUACGUAAUUGGUAUUUAGGAGAUGAUCCUAACAAAACCAUUCAUCCCAUUAUCACUGGGUCCUUUGGGGCCAUUGCUGGGGCUGCCAGCGUUUUUGGAAAUACACCUUUAGAUGUUAUCAAGACCAGAAUGCAGGGCUUAGAAGCUCAUAAAUAUAAGAACACGCUUGACUGUGCAAGCCAAAUCCUACGUAAAGAGGGGCCUUUAGCGUUCUACAAGGGGACCAUCCCUCGCUUGGGCAGAGUGUGCCUGGAUGUUGCUAUUGUGUUUGUUAUUUAUGAAGAAGUAGUUAAAGUCCUGAACAGAGUCUGGAAA